GGGGGCGGGAAAGCUGCAGCAGCAGCAGCAGCGCCGUCUAUGUGUGGAGAGGAGCACCUCUCCCCCCUCCCCAAACACACACACGAGCGAGAGACCGAGGGGCGUUUAGGGCGUGCGCUCUGCCCGGCCCGCCCCGCGGAGGGCGCCGGCGGCGUCCCUGCUCCGUCCUACCCGCGCACCCCGUGGGAGCCGCCGCCUUUACCAUGGCGGGCAGGCGGAGGGAGGGACGGAGGACCAUUCUGAGGGGACAGCGCAGGGCCACGGCGAGAGCGGCGGCUCAACGUCCUUCCUCUUCGGCUCGCGCCCCGCCGGCGCCGAGCGUGUUUGGCUUCCGAGGGGGCCGUUGCCCGGCAACGCGCGGCCUGGGCUGGCGCUGAGCGAGGCCUGGCUCCGUCCCCGGGCAGCCGCCGCCGGCCCUGCGAGGCCACCAGCCAGAGAAAAUAUAAUGAGGAGUCAAGUGCUUGACCAAGAGAGCUUUGCAGCACCCAGUUUGAAUACCAAGAGCAACAGAACACAGACUGAAACAGGUACACAUUAUUCAACUCCUCACCAUAAGCCGCACCAUGUUGAGAGAGACUCUCUCAUAAAUGCUUCAUCUGUUUCUGUGCUGCCGGCCAGCAAAGUAGCUAAAGGAAGCAAGAACCCUGACCUCAAGCCACAGAUACUGCUAGACAAUGCAAAUGCAAGACAGUUUCUGAGGCACAACUCUUUGAACAAUGAUGCUAAGCUAAACAGCCCCUUUCUUCUAUUUUCCAAUCCAACUUCUACAAGCUUUGGAGAUUUCCUGUCAAAGCAUCGUUCACUACUCAGUGAGGUGUCUCUUGAGAAUUCACAGUCCGUUUCAACCUUUACGUCUAUACCCAGGAAAGGACGAGACCCUCCAGCCUGCCGAUCGCUCAGUCCUACAAGAGUAGAGUUUACACACACCAGCAGCCAGCGAGCUCCAAUAACCCCUAAGCAUUGUUUUAAGGAGCCAGUGAUGGACCAUCAAUCAAGAGAACAGAGUAAUAUCUCUCUCCAGACAGCAAGUCCCAUUAGCAGCACUGAAAAAGGUUCUCUUGUUGUCAGUGUCCUGCAACAACUCCUGGAAUUAGUGGAUCGUUACUGGAAUGGAUCUGGCUCCCUUCUCCUCAGUAAGGAUUUUCUUGCUCCAGCACAAGAUUUGCUUGCAUAUUUGAUGGCUACUGCCCCUUCACAGCAGGAUGUUUACUCAACCAGCAAUACCACUCUAGGCCCAAACUCGGCAGGAAUCAGUUACAGACUUCCCAGGGAACAACUCAAGCAUUCUCAGCACUUUAACAGUGUUGACAAGCCUGUGAAGCUGGAAGAGGGCCAGAGGCCACCUUUAAAAGAACUAGGUGUGGAAGCUGCUGCUGCCACUUCCAGUUGUGGCUGCCGUGGAAUAUAUUCUCUCUCUUAUGAUGAGCUGUUAAGUAGAAAUGAUCAGCUGAAUGCCCAAGUGGACCUCUUAACUUUUGAAUUAAAACAGGAACAGGAAAAGGAACAGGACACCAUCAGUUUACUGCGAGAAAGCCUAAGUUCUCUUGUUUCCACAAACAACUUCCUUUUGCAGCAGCUGAAUAAAGAACAUGACCCUUCCAUAGGCCAAGGAGCGCUUCUUUCAGAGAAGAUCACAGAUUCUCCUGCCUCUUCCUUUGAGGGAACAUCCCACCACUCUGCGCCGCUCUAUACUACCCUUGGCUGCAGUGCAGAGCUGUUCAGCAGCUGUCCUCUCUGACAGAAAGCACAUUGUCACCUUCUUCCUCUGGGGACUUUCUUAUAAACGAUGUGUUAUUCUCCCAUAAGUAUAGUCUGGAACGCCAAAGCCCACGAGUGGAUGUGUUUGCUGCUUUUAUUGGUAAAAUUUCUUUGACUCCUCAUAACAUUGGGAGGGACUCACUGGGUUGAUCGGUCAAAGUAUAUCCUAAACCUGAAUUGUCUACAAGCAUACUUGACUCUUGACUCGCUCAAAGGCAGGAGGAAGCUCCGCAGCCUCCCUCAGCAGUUCAGAAGUGCUCUCUUCGUUUGCCUGGAUGCCUGCCUCAGCCCACAUUUCUAUAUAGUAUUUGUCCUGCAUACUUGCACCAAAGUCCAUGCAGUCCAGUUUUCCAUUGGCCAAAGCAGGACUCCAUAAUGGGAUGGGAUUGGCAGCCAAAGCAGUAUCUUUCUCUCUCCCUCUCCAGUCCAUACCCUCUCCUCCUCCUUUGUUGUCCUCUUCCUCAACCCCCAUCCCUGCCUACUUAUAUAGAAGUCUGAUUGUAGAAGACAGAAGGUUGCCCUCUUGCUGGCUUGCCUUCAGUUGCUGCCAUCAACAGAAGUAGCAGAAGUAAAGAAACCGUGUGGAAGAGGUGUGUGCAGCAGGCGCCAGAGCAGCCAGAGAAAUGUAACUUCCUUCCCCAACCAUAAAGUAUCCUAAGCUGUCCGAAAAGCAGCAAAUUGUCUCCCACAUCAGAUUCCCAGAGGGAGGGAACUUGCACCCCCUCAAACCUUUUCCAUCCUACAGAUUGGCCCUUUCACUCUUGUCUAAUAGAGAAAAGAACCCUUCCUCUGCACCCUGAUGGUUUCCUUAAUUCUGAAUGUUACAGAGAGGCCAAGACUUAAAUCAUCACAAUUUCUAGUGGGAUAGUUCUGUUGGUCUGUUAAGUGUACAAUAACAAAGAUUCUUCUGGCAUAUUAAAGGCUAACAAAUUUAUUAUGGUACAAGCUUUCAUGGAAUAGAGUCUGCUUCAUCAGAUGCAUGAAGUAUAAUCCUCAAUUAGUGAGGAUAUAUACCAAUGUGAGCAAAGGGGGGAAAUGUAGACAUUGUCGCUAAAUAGUAAUGGAAUUCAAAAUGUACCAUGUGAUAUCAAGUCAGUAAAAGCUUGAAAGAAUAUAUCGAACUAACAAUUAGCUUCUAUUGAGAGACAUCACCUGAUUGUCCUGGCCCUUAUCAUUCAUUUGUGCAGUCUUGCUUUAAGGCAAACCCUCAGCAGUAGCCUUAUUCAGAGUGACUAUAGCAGUCUCACAGGAGAGGGGGAGAGAGAAAAGCGGGGCAGGGGGGCAAAGGCCUUCUGGCCAGUGCCUCUUGUUUCUACCUGGCCUUGCCAUCCUCUCUCUCUCUCUCUGUUUGGGUGCUGCUUCCAGGUGGGAGGUGAUUGUAGAAUUGGUGCUGCUUAUGCAAAUAAGAGCUUUGCAGCAUCCAUAUAUCAUCCUCAAAAUGGCAGGCCAGGGAUGGGAUCUGUAGCCAAGUGCUGGCCUGAAAGUAUUCCAUUGACCUCAGGCUGGUACUUAUUUGAGUUUGUUCUUUGGCUGCUUUUACCAAACUUUUUUUUCCACCUCGCAAAAAAUAUUUAAUUAAUAUCAGUAAUUUUAAAGGGAAUAUCAAUCAAAUAUUGAUAUUUUGAAAGGAAAUAUUGAUAAAUGAAAACAACUAUCGAUAAAAUUGUGAUUCUUAAUAUUGAUACUUUAGAGGUGGAUUUUUUAAAAUAAAAAUCUGGUUUUCAAAAAUAGCUGUCGAAAAUUGCUACAUAAAAACGCAAUCCACAACAAUAAAGUAUAAGCCAGUUAAUGGACAAUUUGAUACCAAAUCUGAAUUGGGCAAAAUUCCAGCACAUCCCCAUCACGGACCUUGUUUUUUCCUACAUAUUACUGUAGUCUGGUUUUUCCCUUACUGCGGAAAAUUGGGUAAUUAAAAAUGACUCAUUGUGUAGCUGCUGUCACUGCUGGGUUGGAAGCUCAUUAUAGCACUUUUUUAAUGGAUGGUUUGGAGUGGUGAUGUUUUGGUGGGCGGCAGCCGACGCUGCUCCUCUACUUGCAUUUGCUUCUCACCUGAGCACAACCUAAGGAUUUUGUUUCCCAUGACCCAAAUGAUAUGAAUGUGCCUAUUCCCACCAGUGGUUGCAUGGAGUACCUGCAAAGCCCCUUCCCGGCUUGC